AUGAGUCCAAAGAGGGAGGAGAAGGAGGAGGAAGAGGAAGAGGAGAAGCUCAGGUCAAAAAGGAGAGGGGGGGGAGAAGGGCUUGGGCAGGCGAAGGUGCAAGGGGGCCCGGUGGUGAUUCCGUUUGAGAAUCUGUUUCUAAGACCUGCUACGCAGCCGGCAGAAGGAGAUAUCAUAGUCACUGACAACGAUCCUAGAGAGAUAGCGAAAUGUAUCUGGGCAGUGAUGUUUUAG